CUAUAAAUCAAAUCACACUCUUCUCGAGUACAGUCUCAGCCUUUUCACUGCUCUCUCAAACUCACUCACCUGUCAUUAGAUUUCACCAGUUUUCAGAUCGCAGAUCUGUUCUUAGAGAUGGCGAAAGAACCAGUGCGUGUUCUCGUAACCGGCGCCGCAGGACAAAUCGGAUAUGCUCUGGUUCCUAUGAUUGCCAGAGGAGUUAUGUUGGGGGCUGACCAGCCUGUGAUCCUUCACAUGCUUGAUAUUCCACCUGCUGCUGAGGCUCUUAAUGGAGUCAAAAUGGAAUUGGUGGAUGCAGCAUUCCCUCUUCUUAAAGGUGUUGUAGCCACAACUGAUGUUGUUGAAGCUUGCACUGGUGUUAGCAUUGCUAUUAUGGUUGGUGGGUUUCCCAGGAAAGAGGGUAUGGAGAGGAAAGAUGUAAUGUCAAAGAAUGUGUCCAUUUACAAGUCUCAAGCUUCUGCUCUUGAGAAGCAUGCUGCAGCUAACUGUAAGGUUUUGGUCGUUGCUAAUCCUGCCAACACCAAUGCCUUGAUUCUGAAAGAAUUCGCGCCAUCUAUCCCAGAGCAGAACAUUACUUGUUUGACUCGAUUGGACCAUAACAGGGCCCUUGGACAGAUUUCAGAGAGAUUGAAUGUGCAAGUAUCAGAUGUUAAAAAUGUCAUUAUUUGGGGAAAUCACUCCUCAACACAGUAUCCUGAUGUCAACCAUGCAUCUGUCAAAACUCCAGCUGGAGAGAAGCCUGUACGUGAGCUUGUUGCUGAUGAUGAAUGGUUGAAUGGAGAGUUCAUAACUACUGUCCAGCAGCGUGGUGCUGCUAUAAUCAAAGCUAGAAAGUUUUCCAGUGCACUUUCUGCUGCUAGUUCUGCAUGUGACCAUAUUCGUGACUGGGUCCUUGGAACCCCGGAGGGUACUUGGGUUUCUAUGGGUGUAUACUCUGAUGGCUCAUACAAUGUCCCCACUGGACUGAUUUAUUCAUUCCCAGUUACUUGCAAAAAUGGAGAAUGGUCUAUCGUACAAGGUCUCUCCAUUGAUGAGUUCUCACGAAAGAAGUUGGAUUUGACUGCUCAAGAGCUCAGUGAGGAGAAAGCACUUGCAUAUUCUUGCCUUUCUUAAUCUCUCCUCCAAUCCUAGCAGGAUCAGAUGUGUGUGAUAAUAGAAUUACUCGCAGAUUUGAAUAAUGCGAUCGUUAAUUAUUGUUGGUGACUAAUGACGGGAGCUGCCUGCUUUCAUCUUACUCUUCAUGUAAUUUGUUGUGCGCGGGGACAUCUUUCAAUUUGUAACCCUUUCCAGUCGUGGACUGAAUCGAAUGAUAACUAUGGAGAAUUGCCUCUCAUACCUCGAUAAUAAAUAUUUGGUAGUUUUGGAUCCUCAGAUUUAUGCUCGUCUAGUAGGUUUGUAUUCUGUGAUUUAUGAUGGUUUUUAACUUCGGAUUA